UGCCAGCUCACUUAGUUCAGAGUACGGUCCACUGUUGAACUGCCUGUGUUCCUGGGACAGAACCACUGAUGUACUGGAGCUUAUUAAUGACCUGAUAACUUCUAGAAUGACUGGACAAAGAAAAGAUAUCAAAAUGGGAGAAAAGACACGACACAGAAAGAAAUCUGUUACCUUCCAGCUGCCUCCAGAGAACAAACACAUGUUGGCAUUGGAUUUUCUUUCUUGGAUGAUGGGUGAGCCCACGUGCCGCACAGCAGUGCAGGAGCACCAUGACAAAUUACGAAAGAUAGCUGAUAAUUUAAGGCUGAUUAUGGCGAUCAUUGAAUCUCAUCUUACAUCAACUGACUCAGUACCAGUCCCUUUGUCCGAAAGUGACGUAGAAUUCUUUCAGAAGGCUUUCCAGGCAUACUGUCUGUCAGAAAUCCACUUACACCACAUGGAAAAGAACGAUGAUCACGAAGGAACUUUGACCGCCAUGGAAAACGUGCUUGUCUGGGGUGACAGAGUAUUACUGCCAGUAAUUAAGCAGGACAGGAAAGUUUCUGAUGAAUCGAUGAAAGUAGCUACUGGUGCCAAACGUGUUCGCGAGGAGGAAAAAUUUUGUUGUUUGGUAAUUCACUUAGUAGAGACUAUUUUGAUAUGCCUGAGCGAGAUAUUCAUGCUUCGAAUGGCCGAGGAAAAAUUCUAUAACCAGGCGGCAGUUUUUACAACAUCGGUAGCAAAAAUCGGUUGUAAAGCAGUGGAGUUUUUACCGCAUCUUUCCAAGCUGCUUUAUCAACUUGCUGAGAGCGUGCUUUUGAGUGAUGAAACAGGAAAUGUCACUGUUCAAAGUGGGCCUGUGUCGAUUGUCCUGACAAACAUACUUCAAAUAUUGACCGCUUGUGACAGUACAGAAGUGGAUGUUCUACCACAGGCACUUCUCACUUUUCGUCCCGCCUUGGCUGAAGUUCUCCAGCUUACAGAGCUAGGUCGGAAACGCGGCAGCGGAUCUAAUGCUUGUUUCUUCAAACCACUGGUGUCUGCUGUAUUGACAAACAUCACGCAACAGACGCACGUUGUGGAAGAUGUCACCGAUGCUGUGCCUGAGUUACCCGCAUUUGCAAGUUUUAUUGUGAAAAUAAUAACAAGCGCUCAUGCCUUGUUGAGAUCCUUCUCGUUGGAAUUGAAAGAGCAGGUGUUGUCCGGAGCAGUCGAUGAAAACAUUGACCAACAGGGAGCUGUUAUUUCACUUCUGGGCGCCCUUGGAGGAAAAACUGAGACAAACGUCAUUAAGACCUGCGCUCUUCACAUUGACGAACAGUUAAAGACUUGUGAUCGAGGCGAUUUUGUGGAACAAAGGAAGGACAUUCAACGUGCCCGUUCACAGGUCCAAACAUUUCUCUCCAAGUUACAAAUUGUGACAUAGAAGGUUAAAACAGAGGGCUAAUGUAACAGACUUUUUUAAGUAGUCGAUUGUGUCAAAAUUAGUAUUUGACUCGUUUUUGUUAUGGAGCAUGUUAUUUGAAAGGAAAGUGUCUUUUAGCGUUCUUCGACUGUAUACACGUGGCUCGUACUUGUUCUCUUGGAGGAAAUUGCGAUCUGAGAAACAACUUUAGCUACGUUUUUGGCGCAUUAGUUUGUUAUGAUGAACUUUAGACAAAUGUUGAAAUUCUGUUAUAAAAUACUUCAAACUGGACAGGUUUGCAACAAAAAUAUGAAUUCUGCGUCUAUUAUCAGUUCCUCCCCUCAUAGCUUUGUUUGUGGGUCGGCUGCUUGGUGUAAUUACUCACAUUUCCGGAAAAUAUUUUUCAUCAGUGGUACGAUUCUUCUUUGAAUCCAUUUUAGGCCCAUAUACUCCACGCAGGAUAAAUUUAAAAACGCAGCACCAUGAGAGGACUAGUUAUUUUUCGUCCUCAUUACCAAGGCAGGAACCCCUGAUUACAUUCUUGGAAAUGCGUCGACUAAGUCC